GGCAAGCAAGAGGCAGCAUGUGUGCGUAUGGGCUGUAAUGUGUGUGUGUGUGUGUGUGUGUGUGUAGAGGCAAACGUUUCGCAGGAGUCCGGGAGACGUCUCACUGAUGCAAGGAUUCCCCUGUCUGCUCUCGGAGAGGAGGACACGUGCUGACUUUGUUUUAACCAACACAGGGAAUUAACUGCUACUCACACAGGAAACACUGGGAUCUUAAGCACAGGGCAAAUUGACACCGGCAUUUGAGGAUGUGCGGAGGAUCAUGCGGUCGGUGAGAGAUGACACCGAGCUGAUGUGGAGAAGCUAGUGAUGCGGCUGCUUAACCACAGUUGAAUCAUGGGAAACGUCGAAAGUCAGAAUGGGGACAGUGGUUUCUACGGCAACGCGUCGGGACACAUCUCCCGCAAACAGACGUCCAGGUCACUCCGGCUCCCCAACAAGCAGCCAAUCACGCGUCGUUCCCGGCUCUCUUCUUCAGUGAAACAGGAACACAGAAACUCUGAUGCCUCAACUCGCUCCUCCAGCACCCCCAGCAUCCCACAAUCCUUAGCAGAGAACGGACUGGAGCCUUUCAACGCAACCGAUGCACUCGAAGAGUUCGGCAUCAACCCUCACUGGACACAGCGCGUCGCUAUGACGAUGAGGCCGGAGUCCUAUCAACACGAUGACGACAACUUGGCCACGCCGACUCCUGAAACCUCGGAGGCGGACACCGUCGCUCAGGACGGAGGGGAGGGCUCCACGGGGGAGGGGGAGGUACUUGGGGAGGAAACGUACCUACAGCGAAUGACUGAGGGUCCCCGGGAGGGAGGGAGUUUCAAGAAGAAGAGGUCCAAGUCGGCGGACAUGUGGAGAGAAGACAGCCUGGAGUUCUCUAUGUCAGACCUGAGCCAGGAGCAUCUGACCAGCACUGAGGAGAUCAUAGAUGGAGGAGAGGAAGAGGAGGAGGAGGAGCAGUUUGCAUGUCCAAGAGGCAAUGCAGGCGCAGCUGAAAGGGCAUCGUCUCUGGACCAUCUGUGCAGCCAGCAGAGUCCCGGCCUCAGGGGGCAGAGGAGCCGCUACGCUAAGAGCCGUCGGGAGGCCCAGUGCGAUGGAGAUGAAGAAGGGGAGGGGUUGAUGUCUCCAGCUGAAGAAGAUGGUGGCGGGUACGGAGCAUUCACGCUCCCCUGCCGACGCUCCCACUGCCUCUCAGAGGGCCUGGCGGGGCUCGGCAUGCCGUCUGCACCGUGCCCGGCUUUCCAGGGUCGGCGUGCACAAACUACUCAGGACAUCUCGGGUGUUUUGGGUGAGGGAAGUGAGUAUGGGGACAGUGGCAUCGACGGCGUCACCACGGAGAUAGACGGGUAUGGAGAGUUGGUGUCACGGCGCUGUAAGGCCAUGUCGGCAUCGUUCUCCGUUUACUCUGCUACCGAAAGCAGCGUUUUCAACGGCAGCGACAGCGGGAGCAGCAGCGCAGGAGGAGGAGAGGGACGAGGCGGCGAGGGAGGGAGGGGAGGAGUUUAUGAGAAUUACCGAAAGGAGCUGGACAAUCAAGCCUGGACACAUCAGGCUAGGGACUGCACGGAGGAGGGCGGGUCCGCUGUUAGCGAUGAGCGCAGCAGCGGCACACUCAGCAGUGCAUAUCCAUCGGACGCUCUGAUUGGCUGUGCACAAGGCACAGUCAGAAAAGCAGGGGCUCUGGCCGUGAAGAACUUCUUGGUUCAUAAGAAAAACAAGAAGGUGGAACCUGCAACGAGGCGCAAGUGGAAACACUACUGGGUUUCUCUGAAAGGCUGCACACUUUUCCUGUACGAGUCAGACUGUCGCUCUGGGAUCGACCACAACAGCGUUCCCAAACAUGCACUGUGGGUGGAGAACAGCAUCGUCCAGGCCGUGCCUGAACAUCCCAAAAAAGACUUUGUUUUCUGCCUCAGCAACUCAGUGGGAGACGCCUUCCUCUUCCAGACGUCGGGCCAGACGGAGCUGGAGAACUGGAUCACGGCGAUCCACUCUGCGUGCGCCGCGGCUCUGGCCCGGCAGCACCACAGAGAGGACACAGUGAGACUGCUGCGAACAGAGAUCCGCAAGUUAGAGCAGAAGAUCGACAUGGACGAGAAGAUGAAGAAGAUGGGAGACAUGCAGCUGUCGACCGUUACCGACGCCAAGAAGAGGAAGACCAUAUUGGAGCAGAUCUUCCUGUGGGAGCAGAACCUGGAGCGGUUUCACAUGGAUCUGUUUCGCUGUCGGUGCUACCUGGCCAGCCUGCAGGGGGGCGAACCCCCCAACCCCAAACGCCUGCUGGGCUUCGCCUCGCGUCCCACCAAGCUGUCCAUGGGACGCCUGGGCAUCUUCUCCGUCUCCUCCUUCCAUGCACUGGUGGCAGCGCGGACAGAGUGCAGCAUCAGGAGGAGGAACCAGGCCAUGCCUCGGACCAUCAGUAAACGCCGCAGCCGGUUCUCCUCUCUCUGGGGUCUGGACACCACCUCCAAGAGGAAGACCAAGGGACAUCCUUCCAUCAACCAGGUCUUUGUUGAUGGGGUGGAGCCGGUGAGGAAACCUUUGGAGCGAAUGUUUGAAGACUCAGCCAGUGAGAAAUCUAAGGAGAAAGACGACUCGGUGAAAAGCGUUCCUCAGCAAAACGUAGAGAGCGACAUUUGGGUUCCUGAUUACCUGCAGCCCUCCUGGGUGUCUCUCCCGAACAAUAAGCCUGUCCUGGCCAUCGUUCAGCCGGGGGAGACAGCGCUGGACGUCCUCAGCUCCGUCUGCAAGACCCAUAAGAUAGACCCCUCUGGACACUACCUGCGCUUGAAGAUGUGUAUUGACAACAAAGUACUCUUUUAUAUUCCCACACUUGAAGAGGACAUCUCUGAUCUGCUCUACAAAGAGAUUGAGGUUUGCCUCAAAGCCACCAAGGUGAUCCGGUUCGACAAAGCCGAGUCCUGCACAAUUGGAUAUGGUUUUUCCGUGGCAGUCCUAGAUGAAGAAGGGACGCAGCAGCUCCAUAUUACUGAAGUGAAAGCAGAGGGACUAGCCUCAGCCAAAGGUAAGAAUUGCUUCUUUUUUUAA